AAUUUUUAUGAGUUCUCAUGCUUUUCUUGACACUUGGCAUUUGUAGGCCAUUGUAGGUGACAAGACUAUUGCGUUUUUCCUAAUGGAUAGAGAAAUGUACUCUGGCAUGUCUUGUUUAACAGAUGCUUCUCCCACCAUUGAGCGAGGAAUUGCACUUCACAAGAUGAUCCAUUUUAUUACUAUGGCAUUAGGAGGAGAGGGCUACCUUAAUUUUAUGGGAAAUGAGUUUGGACACCCUGACUGGAUUGACUUCCCAAGAGAAGGCAAUGGGUGGAGUUAUGAAAAAUGCAGACGUCAAUGGAACCUAGUAGAUACUGAACACUUGAGAUACAAGUUCAUGAAUGCAUUUGACGGAGCUAUGAAUGCACUUGAUGAUAGAUUUUCAUUUCUUUCAUCGACGAAACAGAUUGUGAGCAGCACAAAUGAAGAAGACAAGGUUAUAGUCUUUGAGCGUGGAGAUCUGGUGUUUGUGUUCAAUUUUCAUUCCACGAAUACAUAUGAUGGGUAUAAGGUUGGAUGUGACUUACCGGGGAAGUAUCAAAUUGCACUUGAUAGUGAUGCUUGGGAAUUUGGUGGACAUGGAAGGGUUGGACACGAUGUAGACCAUUUCACAUCUCCGGAAGGGAUACCAGGUGUACCUGAAACAAAUUUCAACAACCGUCCUAAUUCCUUUAAAGUACUCUUACCAGCUCGCACUUGUGCGGUUUAUUAUAGGGUUGAAGAAAGUCCUGAAGAAAAUUCUAACGAGGAGUUGGUGACCACCACCAAUGUUGUAGCUGAGCAGGAAGAUACAGUAAAAUCAGCUGCUCUGGAAGUUGAUGUUGUUGGAAUAAGUAAGCAGGCUCAAACAGAAAGGAAAAACAUGGACGAAGAGACAUCAGAUGAGUAACACUUGGGCUUUGGUUAUCCAUGUUUUCUCCAUAUAAUAAUAGUUUGUAGAUAAGAGAAUGUUGUUUUGUGCAGUCUAAAGACUCUAAACUGCAUAGUAGUUUCCUGUGUAAAUAAUUACGGUGUGAGGAUGUGUACUCUGUUUCACUGUCAUGUAUGGGCUAUGGGCUCUUGCAUGCAGACCCAAGUCCAAUAAUAGUUGACAAUAAAUUUUGUAAUAAAUCCAGUCAGUGUGUUAAACCGAAGCCAUUUGUAUCGGCCCAGUUUGCUUAUGAAAGG